CGACGAUUUAGAGAAUUGCGCGACACGGAGGAUAGCUCUCAUGUGAAGGUGAUUUUCCACCGAGACAAAACAACAGUUACUAAUAAACAGAAAUGGCCUCUGAAAACAUUUCAGAGGAGUUUCUGUGCUCCAUCUGUUUGGAUGUUUUCACGGAGCCUGUUUCCACUCCCUGUGGACACAACUACUGCCGGGCCUGCAUCAGCAGCUACUGGAGCUCCAGGGACAUCAUCCAGUGUCCGCUGUGCAAAGAAACCUUCCUCACAGCCCCCAAACUGAGAGUCAACACCGUGUUCAGAGACAUGUUGGAGAUUCUCAAGAAGACCAAACAAGCAGCAGGUGAGGAUGGAGGAUCCCCGGCCGGGCCUGGAGAUGUUCCCUGUGACCUCUGCGAGGGGAAUAGGAAGCGUAAGGCUGUGAAAUCCUGCCUGGUUUGUGUGGCCUCUUACUGCGACGCUCACCUGAAGCCCCAUCGCACCGUGCAGAAGUUAGAGUGGCACCAGCUGAUCAACCCCGUGGAUUCCCUCGAGGAAAGGGUCUGCAGGAAGCACAACAAAGUGAUGGAGUCUUUCUGCAAGAGAGACCAGUGCUGCGUUUGUUCCGUGUGCCUGAAGGAAGACCAUGUGGGGCAUGAGGUCGUCUCUUUGGAGAAAAUGUUUAGGGCGAGGAAAACUAUGCUGCAGCGUGCAAAAACAUCUAUGGCCAACGCUAUAUCAGAUAAAUGCAACACGGUUUUCAGGGUAGAAAAGUCGAUGACACAAAGUAGGCAGAAGCUGGAGGAAACUAAGGUGGAAGCGAACCAGGCCCUCGCUGGUUUGGUUGCCGCGAUUCUCAGCAAAAAAACUAAGCUGAUGGAAGUUUUGGAGGAGAAGCAGGAAGCUGAAGAGCAAAAGGAAUAAAGCACUAAAGAGACAGCUAGGGCUGGAGCUCGCAGAACUCCGUCAGACGAGUGUGAAGAUGGAAAGAGGUUUUAAAGACAGAGGACGAAUUUCAACUCCUACAGAACCUACCAUCCAUCCCCUCUGCAACAAACACAAAGCAUUGCUAUACAGAACGCAAAAGUCUCCUGCAAGUAGAGAAAGUCUGGAGAGCGGUGGCUAAAAUCGAGGAAACGCUCAACGAACACAUGGACAAGAUUAUCAGAGAGGUCCUUCAGGGGGAUGAGGAAGAGGAGGCCUUUGAAGAACAGCAAACAGCAAACCGUGUUUGACGAUGAACUUUGGGAAAUGUGCUGUUUAUUUGGGGAUUUUAUUAAGACUAUAUACUUUAUUCAAUGUUUAAUGCCUAAACACACUGCUGCUACACAGUAUAUAACUCAUUGUACACUUUUGAUUUACUCUUGUUUUCCUUUCUGAUGUUGUGUUUGUGAUUUUCCGAGCAAUCUCUGAAGGAAUCAUUUAUUUGGGGGUUUAUUAAGUUAUAUCUUAUAGAAUAAUCAAUAAUAUUAUUCAGCUAACUUUGUCUUCUUUAGUCAUACUCGUGUUUGGGUAUCGUUUGCCAUUUUCUUCGGCUGUUAAGAUUCACUUUUAGUUGUUAUAUCAAAAUAAAAUAUAGUUGUAAUGAUAUA